CUCAGAAAAAAAUACGUAAAUAUCUUCUAAAUGGAUCUUUCGCGUUUUAAUAUAUUAAAAACAACAACAACAAUAUUAAUAAUAAUAAUAACUGAAAAUUAACGAAAAAAUACAAACAACAACAAAUCAGAUAGAAAAAAAAUAAUAUAGAAAAAUUUCAUAGUUAUCACAUCACGUAUCGCACCAGUUCGUCGCAGCAAUUCCGUUCGAACUGUUGUAUAAGUCAAUAUUACUUUACUACUAUCGUUUUUUUUUGGAAAAAGAUUAUUUAAUUAAUUUUUAUUCUUAUUUUCCGUUUUUCUUCUUUUAAAUCAAAUAUUAUUAGUUACCAAAAAUAACAAAUUAUUUAAAAUUUGAUAAGAUAACAAAAAAAAAAGAAAAAAAAACUUGGGUUUUAUAUUUAAUUAUCGAAAUUUGAAUUAGAAAUUUAUUUCAGUAAGAAUUUUUGUGUGCAACCUUAGUAAAAUUUUUAUUUCGAAUUCAAUAGUUUAAAAGGUGAUCUCUCUGUGUAUGAAUGUUUUAGAUUCUUAAUAAAAAUAUAAAUUUAUAAAAAAUUAUAAAGACGUGUUUUUAUAAAACUAGUGAUUCAAUUCACUUAAGAAAAAUUUAACGAAGAAUUAAAUAUUAAAAUUUUAAAAAAAUAAUUAAAUUAACCUAGAUAUUAAAAAGUACAAAGAAAAAAAAAACAGUUUAAUAUAAAGAAAAAUAAACUUAACGAAACUUAAAAUAAAAACUUAACGAAACUCAAUUUUAUUAAUUAAAUAUCACCUUUUGCAUUAAUUAAUAGAAAAAAAAAUAUUAUGGCAGAACAAACGGAAGAUUUACCAGCUGUUGCACCAAAAGGAGUACGUAGACGUGGUGCCGUUUCAGCUGAAGCUGUUAAAGAAGAAGAUUUAACAAAUUAUGUUAAAAAAGUUGUACCAAAAGAUGAUGCAACAAAAGCAGCAUUAUCAAAAGCAAUAUCACAAAAUGUUCUAUUCGCACAUUUAGAUGAUAAUGAACGUUCUGAUAUAUUUGAUGCAAUGUUUCCAGUUGAUUCAAAAGCUGGUGAAACAAUUAUGCAACAAGGUGAUGAAGGUGAUAAUUUCUAUGUAAUCGAUCAUGGUGAAGUUGAUGUUUAUGUUAAUGAUACAUUAGUUGUAUCAUUAAAAGAUAAUGCAAGCUUUGGUGAAUUAGCUUUAAUUUAUGGUACACCGCGUGCAGCAACAGUUAAAGCAAAAACUGAUUGUAAAUUAUGGGGUAUUGAUCGUGAUUCAUAUCGUCGUAUAUUAAUGGGUUCAACAAUACGUAAACGUAAAUUAUAUGAAGAAUUUUUAUCACGUGUAUCAAUAUUAAAAUCAUUAGAUGAUUGGGAACGUUUAACAAUUGCUGAUGCAUUAGAAGCAUGUCAAUUUGAUGAUGGUCAUAUUAUUGUUAAACAAGGUGAACCCGGUGAUGAUUUUUAUAUAAUAUUAGAGGGUACAGCAAUUGUAUCACAAAAGAAAAAUGAUAAUAAUGAUGAAAUAGCUGAAGUUGGACGUCUCGGACCCGGUGAUUAUUUUGGUGAAAUUGCAUUAUUAUUGGAUAGACCGAGAGCAGCAACUGUUAUUGCUAAAGAUCAUUUAAAAUGUGUUAAAUUAGAUCGGGCUAGAUUUGAACGUGUAUUAGGUCCAUGUUCGGAAAUUCUUAAACGUAAUAUUACACAAUAUAACAGUUUUGUUUCAUUAUCUGUAUAAAAAGAAUUUCUUUUGUUUUAUCUCUUUUAAUUUAUUUAUUUAUUAUUUUAAUUGUCUUAAAUAUUUUUUUUUCUAUUUAAAAUAAAAAUUAUUGAUUUUUCUUAAAAAAAAAAUUUGUAAAAUAAUAAUUUGAAAAAUGUGUUUAAAUUUAAAUUCAUAUACAAAAAAUAACAAUAAUGCUGUGUAUAAUUUUUCAAAUUUAUUGUUUUGAAAAAUAAAUAAGAAACAAAAUUUAAUGUUUUAAGAAAAUACACACGAUUUAUGUAAAAAAACAAAUAUAAGAAAAAAACAGCAAUUUUUAUGAAAAAUAAAUAAAUCAUACGAAAAAAAAAUGUUACGAGUAUAAGUUAAAAGUGUAGGUGUUUUUAGAAAAAAAGAAGAAGCAAUUUUUAAUAUAGAAGAACAAGAAGAAGAACUGAAAAAUAUUUAAAAUAAUGUGAAAAAUAAAAUAAAAAAAUUUUGUAGAUCGAAAUUUUUUUUUUUUUCAAUUUAGACUUUAGGCAAACAACAAAACCAAAAACAAAAAUUUUAUUUAAUAUUAUUUAGAAAAAUUUAAUGAAAGAAAAUUUUAAGAAUAAAAAAAAAUAUACAAAAAAAUUUUGUUGACCAAAAUUUUAUUUCUUUAUAAAAA